UUCCGAGGGACUGCAUUUUUUUCCCACCGGGCUUAUGAGAUAGCGCAGAGGCAGGCAAGUCAUCGAGAAUUACUUCUCUCUCCCCUCACCACCACCACUACCACCACCUCCACGUCCUCUUCCAAGGGCUCCUGCGAUUCUCCCACCGCAGCCCGGCUUGGAGGGACAUGGGAACGCGCGGCGCCCUCGAUGCCUGAGGCCGGGCGGCCGCGGGGCUGUCUGCGGGAAGCGCUUCCCUGCCGGGGCUCGCCGUCCAUGUGCCCGCAGUCGGCGGGGCCUGGAGUCGGGAUGAAUUUCGGCGUGGUCUUCGCGUUCAUCCUCUCCCUGCCCCUGGCCCGCAUGGAGGGGGACCCUAUACCCGAAGACAUUUAUGAGAUUUUGGGUGGCGGCUCAGUGCGUUCCAUCAGUGACCUCCAGCGUGCCCUGCGGAUAGACUCCGUAGAGGAGGAUAGCUCGAGCCUGACCCUGAAUGCAAGUCAGCCUGGUGAAAACCCUGUGGCCCUGUCUCGAGAGCGACGAAGCCUAGAUGCUCUGGCAGCAGCAGAGACAGCUGUCCUUGCGGAGUGCAAGACGCGGGAGGUGGUCUUUGAAAUCUCCCGCAACAUGGUGGACAGCACCAACGCCAACUUUGUGGUGUGGCCACCCUGUGUGGAGGUGCAGCGCUGCUCCGGGUGCUGCAACAACCGCAAUGUGCAGUGUCGCCCCACACAGAUCCGUGUCCGGCACGUCCAGGUAAACAAGAUCGAAUUUGUCCAGAGGAAGCCAAAAUUCAAAAAAGUUGUUGUGCCUUUGGAGGACCAUGUGCAGUGUCGGUGUGAGGCCGUGUUCCGACCACCUCCCAGGAACAUCCGUCCAGGGCCACGUGAACAGAGACGCUUGUCGCCAUCGUUCACCACAGCCGCUGUCUCUCAGAGGCAGCGAGUACGCCGGCCGCCGGCACAGAAGAGGAAACAUAAGAAGUACAAGCAUGUCAACGAUAAGAAAGUGCUGAAAGAAAUCCUCAUAGCAUAGAAGUGCUGGCAGGGGAGAGAGAGCACAAGGCAGGUUUAUUUAAUAUAUUUGCUGUAUUGCCCCCAUGGGGUCGUUGGAGUGACAACUUUUCCUCUUUGUCCAUCUGCCUCGACGUCUGAUUCAGACGGCAAUUGGUGCUUCCCUUUCCAUCAGUGGACCUUCUCCCACCAAAGCCUCCUUUCUUUCAUUUAUUAGCAUAAUUUUAAAGUUUUACA